CGCCGCUCUUGGGUGAUGCGGCUCCGCCGUCCAAGACACAAGCCGCGUACGCGCGUUUCUCACGCUCGCAGAAAAGGACGAUCAGUGCGCUGGUCAGCUACAGUGGGCUUCUUCCGCUAUUUGCUGGCGGUUCCUUCAUCCCCUCCAUCCCUGAAAUCGCGCAUGAUUUGGGCUCGACACCGAAGAUCAUCAGUCUCGCGGUCAGCAUAUCGAUCUUCAGUGCUGCGGUGGGGAGCAUGACCUUCGCGACGUACUCCUCCUUCUAUGGCCGCCGGCCGAUGUACAUGGUCGGUCUUCCUUUGCUCUGCAUCGGCUCUUUGGGAGUCGGGACCUCCACUCGCAUACCCGAGCUUCUGUUCUGGAGAUUCGUGCAAGCUUUCGGAGCCUCGGGAGGCAUGUCCGUCGGCGGAGGGAUCAUCGCCGACAUCUACUCCCUCACCGAGCGCGGGACUGCCAUGGGCAUCUUCCACGCGGCAUCUUUGCUCGGCAACGCGCUUGCCCCGAUCGUCGGUGGCUGGGUCGCGCAUUACACGUCGUGGCGCUACCUUCAGUUCGGGCUCUGUCUGUCGGGAGCGCUUCUCUGGCUGCUGAUGCUGUUGUAUCUGCCCGAGACAAGCCAUCCAGGGAUCACCGGCUGGGAGAAGUUGAUAGAGGCGGAACAUGCUGAGGGGAAAGAGGACGAUGGGAGGUUCCGAUGGGCCUGGCUCAAUCCGCUGGAGUGUCUGUGGUACUUGCGGAGUCCUGUGAUCCUGCUGACGACAUAUUCGACCGCCGCUACUCUGAUUACCGAAUACGGCCUCCAAGUGCCCAUGGCCCACACAAUUGGAACGCGCUACGGAAUCACGAAUCCUGCACUCAUCGGUGCUUGCUUCAUUCCCAUGGGAGCAGGAAACAUUCUCGGUGCUCCCCUCGCAGGAUGGAUGUCUGACCGAAUAGUCAUCAAGUAUCGUGAAAAGCGAGGGGGUGUCUGGGUCCCCGAAGACCGGCUACGAGGCUCGCGGAUAGGAGCGGCCACACUGGUUCCGCUGAGUGUACUGGGCUCCGGGUUGGUCACACAGUAUGGGCCGGAUGGAAUGCUGGGACUGGCGCUCAACUUGUGCUGCUUCUUUGUGAAUGGAGUCGGUGUCGACACCGUCUUGGCUCCCAACUCGGCUUACUCUGUCGACAUCAUGCGCGAAAAAAGCGCCCAGGUGAUGGCCGCUGGCGCCGCUCUUCGCUCGAGCUUUCUAGCCAUCGCCGUGGCUCUAGUCCUUCCCUCGAUGGAGAAAAACGGUGUUCUUAUCACCGAUGCGUUGGGAGCUGCCAUUGCAUUUACUGCAUUUCUUUCGAUAACCAUUUGUAUUCGAUACGGAGACAAGUUAAGGGCAGCUGUCGAUAUUGGGUUCACUACUAUCGAUGAACUUUGAAUAGAAAUUAGAAAAGUUGUAAA